ACCUCUUUGCCUUGUCCUCUUUACUGUGUUACCUCCCGUUCUUGGAAACUAGAAAUGAAUCAAACCGGAAGCCUCUGUAACACUUGCUUAUCACUGAAAUGUCUUCUUAAACCCUGUAUUUCAGAUAUUAAACUUAAAGGAGCUGUAAUUGUACAUCGAUCGUCUUUGACUCUCCUACAUCGACUGCUCAGAUUAAGGGAGGUUGCUGAAGAUUAAAUCCUGAAGUCUGUCCCAUUCAGAGAGCAACAGCCUGGCUUCUGGUGGCUACAGCAUCAGAUCUUCUCAGUGGUUCCAUCCACUUGCGUCUGCCCAGCUCAUCACCCUUUCCCGGUUCAGCUAUGAAACCCACGUAGUCGAACGUCGUGAUGCUUCUUCUGUAGGGCGUGUGAUGAGGAGCAGAGUUUGGCUUUGGAGUGCUCGGAACCAGAGGAAUUGCCGAGGACUCGGAGCCCAGCCCUGAUCACUAGAGAGCCCACAACACAAUGAACAAAUUGAACUUCCAUAACAACAGAGUCAUGCAAGACCGCCGGAGUGUGUGUAUUUUCCUUCCCAACGAUGAAUCUCUGAACAUCAUCAUAAAUGUUAAAAUUCUGUGUCACCAGUUGCUGGUCCAGGUGUGUGACCUACUCAGGCUAAAGGACUGUCACCUCUUUGGACUCAGUGUUAUACAAAAUAAUGAACAUGUGUAUAUGGAGUUGUCACAAAAGCUUUAUAAGUAUUGUCCAAAAGAAUGGAAGAAAGAGGCCAGCAAGGUACGACAAUACGAAGUCACUUGGGGUAUUGACCAGUUUGGACCCCCUAUGAUCAUCCACUUCCGUGUGCAGUACUAUGUGGAAAAUGGCCGAUUGAUCAGUGACAGAGCAGCAAGAUACUAUUAUUACUGGCACCUGAGAAAACAAGUUCUUCAUUCCCAGUGUGUGCUCCGAGAGGAGGCCUACUUCCUGCUGGCAGCCUUCGCUCUGCAGGCUGAUCUUGGGAACUUCAAAAGGAAUAAGCACUAUGGAAAAUACUUUGAGCCCGAGGCUUACUUCCCAUCUUGGGUUGUUUCCAAGAGAGGGAAGGACUACAUCCUGAAGCACAUUCCAAACAUGCACAAAGAUCAGUUCGCACUGACAGCUUCUGAGGCUCAUCUUAAAUAUAUCAAAGAGGCCGUCCGACUGGAUGAUGUUGCCGUUCACUACUACAGAUUGUAUAAGGAUAAAAGGGAAAUUGAAGCUUCUCUGACCCUUGGAUUGACCAUGCGGGGAAUACAGAUUUUUCAGAAUUUAGAUGAAGAGAAACAAUUACUUUAUGAUUUCCCUUGGACCAAUGUUGGAAAGUUGGUGUUUGUGGGGAAGAAGUUUGAGAUUUUGCCAGAUGGCUUGCCCUCAGCCAGGAAGCUCAUCUACUACACAGGGUGCCCCAUGCGCUCCAGACACCUUCUGCAGCUCCUGAGUAACAGCCACCGCCUCUACAUGAACCUGCAGCCUGUCCUGCGCCACAUCCGGAAGCUGGAGGAAAACGAAGAGAAGAAGCAGUACCGGGAAUCUUACAUCAGCGACAACCUGGACCUCGACAUGGACCAGCUGGAGAAGCGGUCCCGGGCCAGCGGGAGCAGCGCGGGCAGCAUGAAGCAUAAGCGCCUGUCCCGUCACUCCACCGCCAGCCACAGCAGCUCUCACACCUCGGGCAUCGAGGCUGACACCAAGGUCCGGGACGCGGGCCCCGAAGAUGCCUACCCCGGCAGCGCCAUCCACCGCAAGCUGAAAACCUGCAGCUCCAUGACCAGCCACGGCAGCUCCCACACCUCCGGGGUGGAGAGUGGCGGCAAGGACCGGCUGGAGGAGGAUUUGCAGGACGAUGAAAUAGAGAUGUUGGUUGACGACCCCAGGGACCUGGAGAGGAUGAAUGAAGAGUCCCUGGAAGUCAGCCCAGACAUGUGCAUCUACAUCACAGAGGACAUGCUCCUGUCUCGGAAGCUGAAUGGACACUCUGGGUUGAUUGUGAAAGAAAUUGGUUCUUCCACCUCCAGCUCCUCAGAGACGGUGGUCAAACUUCGAGGCCAGAGUACUGAUUCUCUCCCACAGACUAUAUGUCGAAAGCCAAAGACUUCCACCGAUCGACAUAGCUUGAGCCUCGAUGACAUCAGACUGUAUCAGAAAGACUUUUUGCGCAUUGCGGGGCUGUGUCAGGACACUGCUCAGAGUUAUACCUUUGGGUGUGGCCAUGAACUAGAUGAGGAAGGCCUCUAUUGCAGCAGCUGCUUGGCUCAGCAGUGUGUCAACAUCCAAGAUGCUUUUCCAGUCAAAAGAACCAGCAAAUACUUUUCUCUGGAUCUCACCCAUGAUGAAGUUCCAGAGUUUGUUGUAUAAAGGACGUCUAUGUGCAGCUGUACAGACAGCCUGCUGUUCGAUAGAGGCUGUGAAAGCCAUGGGUUCUUUCUUUACCUAUUACUGUGCCAUAUUUUCUUCACCCCAGACAUAGCUCUUUCUUUAUAAUAUUUGCGACAGAAAUAAAAGCUGAGGGACAGUUGCACUUUAAGUAUUACACAGAAGUAAAAGGACUGCAGAGAAUGUACACAAGACAAGUGCCCAGAAGUUCACUGAUCCUUUGGAAGGAAAUGUGCUUUACUGGUUACCAAGCCUUCAGAAUAUCCAACUGUGGUGUGUUUGUUCAUUGUUUUGUUUCCCAGUUCAGUUACAUGUAACAACACUUUUUUUUUUUUAUCAUGUGAAAGAUGUUGUUGGGUUCCUUUGUUUGCUUGUACAUUUUUUUACCAUUCCGUCAUGAAAUGCCGGUGGUUGGAGGGAAGAGAGAGAGAAGAGGCUCUCAUUUUUUAGUAGAGAGACCGUCACCUACUCAGAGCCAUUGCCACCCCACUGGGGCUGUACCAAAGUGAACACGAACGAAGCAGUCAAAAUCCAGCACGCCAAAGAUGCCUCCACCAGAAGGGCAGCCGAGGGCCAAGAAGAUGUGAGUCAAGCAAUAACCAAAAGACCAUGCAUGCCGUGAUGCCUUGUGACUCCUUCACACCUGGUCAGUGCCACGUCAUCCUCCUGCUCUUCCAGAAAGCUCUAGGACUCAGCUGAGCCCCUUGUCCAAGUAACGGAUCAGUUGUGUUCAUGCCAUAAUGAAUUUUGUGGAGUUUCCAAAACCAGUUUCUGUUAAAACUAUGGAAAUGUCUUAAAAUAUGUCUGUACUUGGUGGAUUUUUUUUUUUUUAAAUCAAGAGCAAAGUAUGGUCAUGCUGGUUUCUGCUUAACCAAAAUACCCUAACUAUACGUACAUGUUAUACAUAUGUAAAUAUAUGAGACUGUGUGUGUUUAUAUGUAUUUAAAGCUUACUAACUUUUCAUUUUGGCUCCCAUGACUAUCUCAUAUACAUGGUCUUUCUUGUUUGGUAAAGAGGAUAUGUCAUCAAAUGAAUGAUGCCUACAGACAAUCAGUUGAUAGAUACAGAGUUAAGAACGACUGUUUUCUCAUGUGUCUUUUGCCAUAGUUCUCAACCCUGGUUGCAUCAUAGAAUUAUCUGGGGAGCUUUAAAAAAAUAACAAUGUCUGGGUCCCACCUUGGAUGAAUUAAAUCAGUCUCUUGCGGUGAGACCCAGGUGGAAUUGCCUUUUCUUUUAAAGUUUCCAGAUGGAGCUAGUAUGUAACAGGAUUGAAAACCACCGAUCCAGAGGAUAUCUUUUUCAUUAAUUUUGAAGUAUACAGAAAAUGUUAGUGUUUGAGAAAGAACCAUUUUUAAGACAGUUACUGCCACUGCUGUUAGGAUAUAUAAUGAAACCAAGUCAGGAGAUUGAACUUAGUAACCUUUAGAUGUACAGUAACAGUGUUGCUCACACUUCAGGAAAGUACUUUAGCACAAUGUCUUUCUAUGAGAUGUUUUUAAUGAUUUCAUAUUUUACAACAUUUGUUUACCAUAUUUUGAUAUACCAUUUUUUCUAUCUACCAGGUUUUAUUAAAAAAAAACUAUAUUAUUUUCUAAAGAAACAGUCAUAUUUUUAUACAAAAUUAAGUUUUCAGGUAACAAAGAAAUAGACUUAGGGUACGGCAGCACCUGCAGUGUUCCCCAUGGAUGGGAGUCAGUAUUAUAAACACAUGGAGAACGAGAACAAACUCCACCUGUACUGUCCCUAGCGUGCCCCCGCCGUGGACGUGACAGGGCAGUGUGUACACACAAGCCUGGUCAAAUUGGCUUAACUUGACACUUUAAAAGGAAAAAAACUCUAUGACACUCUAUAGUCAUGAAAUGAUUUUGCUUUUAUGAAAUGUUUGAAAGAACCAAAGUUUCAGGUAUCAGAAUGUAUAAAAGUAUCUCAGUCUUUGUAUAAAAAGAUGAAAGUAUGAAAGGAUCAUCUAAUGACUAUUUUACUUAUGUCAUUAAAUAAUCCACCAUUUCUUACAGAUGCUUAAGAGACAAAUCCUGAUGAAGUUUGACUCUAAAGAGCCCAGCUCAUAAUGUGGUACAUUUCCUUAGCUCCUAGUGUUUCUUGUUUAAACAUUAAGAAAAAAUAUAUUUAAUUAAGUACAUAGUGCUUUAUACUUUAUUUUCUCUCUACUUCAAACAGAAUCAGGUCUUUAGGGUUUUUCCAGCAUCGUUGGUGGUUUUGCACACCCUCUUUCUAAUUGCAUUUAUGAAUAGUCUUGUGGGUUUUCAAAAAUGAAACAUGCUAAGGACAUUUUUCCUUUUUGAUCCACUGUUUGCAGCAGAAUUAUAUAUAUGUAUGUGAAAAUCCAUUUUGAAUAUCUACAUUUUUGUAUUUGGAAAUUGUUUUAAAAAUAAAAAAGGAGAAGUAUAAAGCUGUUAUUUAUUCUGCAUUUGUUAAUAUCCAUUGCUAGUCAGUAUACCAAUUUGGUAUAUAUUGCCCCAUACAUCUACAUUUGUAUUUGCAACAAUGAACUUUAUAUCUACAUAAACUGUAAAUAAUCCUUUCUGUGAAAGGAUCAUCAUAUCAAGGUGAUACCAAAAGUGUGUGAAAAAAAAAAACUGCAUUAUUUUGUAAUUAUUCUUAUAGGAAUUUCAUGGUAAGAUUAGCAGUCAAUAAAGUUACUUUUUAUUUGUC